UCUGUCACCUCAUGAUCAUCACCAUGAACACCCUUGCUGUCCUCGUCUGCCUCGCCGCCGUGGCCGCCGCCUCCCCGCAGUUCAGGAAUCAGCCCCGCCAGACCUUCCAGGACGAGCGUCAGGUGGCCAUCUUGAGGGACGACCGCCAGGACUCCGGCGACGGCAACUUCAACUACAACUUCGAGGCUGAAAACGGAAUCAGCGUUUCUGGUUCGGGAGCUCCGGGAUCUGAGGGCCAGAGCAACAUGCAAGGCAGCUACAGAUUCACCCUUCCCGACGGAACCAUCGCCGAAGUGAGAUACGUCGCCGAGUUCGGAUUCCGCGCCGAGUCCCCCUCAUCCCACCGCCCACCCUUCCCGCCAUGCCAUUGAGCAGAUCAGAGUUGCUGAGGAACAACGGCGUCGCGGAAUCACCUUCUAAAGUUGGAGACCCAGUAUCUAUAAAAUCUUCGUGAUACAAACAUCCUAUCGUGUUACAUAUGAUUACUGUAUGCUUCAUCGUCGUCAUUAAGAUCAUACCAUAAAACGAGCAAUGUA